AUGGCGGUUUGUAUUUCCCGACAACUACUUCAGCAAGCCAAGAAAAACGAGGCAGAGUUUCGUGCGGAUACUGUGGCCUACACCGACGGAUUUUUGUACCGAGGGAAAGUGGAGAAUGGAGCACGCACUGGUUACGGGGUCCUUUGCCGCAAUGGAUACACUCUGUUCCAAGGAUACUCAAAACAAGCCAUGAAGUACGGUGGGGGCCUUCAAAAGUGGCCCCAAGGUGAUUCUUAUAUUGGGAACUUUGAGGAGGAUAAGCGAAACGGCUUUGGAUCGUACAAGUUUAGUUCUGGAGAAGUCUUCGAGGGUACAUUUUAUGAGGACCGUAGGCAUGGAUAUGGACUGAACACGUGGCCAGAUGGUUCAGCGUAUUUUGGAACAUUCUUUCUAGAUGAAAUGUACGGAUAUGGUCUGAUGCGUUACGCGGAUGGAUCUUGCUACGAAGGAUUCAUCGCGAAUGAUCAGCCAGAAGGACCGGGUAUUCGCAUGUCACCACCACUGCCCGACGGACCGGGCAGAGUAGCGGAUAUUGGCUAUUGGCGGAACGGAAGGUUGGCCCGUCUGUUGCGUUCCACCAAUCCGACAGAGCCCUUCAGCUGGACAAAACAAUUUCCGGAACAUGCAAUUUACUCCACACUGAACAACGGGUUACGGGUGUCUCCGGCAGUGGUAACCAAGUCAAUCGCAUCCGUGCGUUCCAGUAUGUACAAGAACCUGGUAGUUGAACGAUACAUGGCCGAACCUGUUUUCCAGCGUCUUUUGGAAUGCAAUACUCAAGGCCUUGACCGUCAUCUGUGGCAAGAACUGCUGCUGGAUGCAAUCGGUAAAGGAAUUCAAGAUGCAAAGUUCGACCCGGAUGGGUGUCGAUCAGAACGACCUCCAUUUAUGCAGCUAUCAGCAAACAAGCCGCCUGAGUCAGAACUGGGGAUUCAGAGCCCGGUAAAUCAACCAGGCUUGACUUCGUCCGCUGCUGAGCCGAGUAUCGACGACACACUGGACAAGGAAUUUCAGAAAAUGAGGACGAUAAAUCUCCGGACUAUUCAAGCGCAAGUCGCCAAAUGUCGAUUCCUGCAGAAUUUUGUUCGUUCCAGUUUGUCUGACUGGUUACAGAAUGGCAACGCGGUAAGCAACUCGGCGGGGGCGAGCCAAAUGGCUCUGUUGAACUGGGCGGAAUUGUGGGAGCUUCGGUUCAAGCAACUUCAACAAGAAGAAAGUGCCAGUGAAUCGGAUAGUGCUGUUGCCAAUUAUGGUAGUCACGAGCAACUGGCUGUGGAAUUCCUCAAGAACUGCCAAUCAGGACUAGUGGAGCCUGUCCGAACACAACUAAGAACUGACUUCACUUCGCAGGCAGGUUUACGUCCAACUAUUGAUCCAAAUGUCGCAGAACAUCACGGAUGCUUUGGGCUGUUUUACGCUGUGCUGGCGUGGAACGAAACGCUUGUGAACGUGUUGCUGGAUUUCGGAGCUAAUGUGAACCAAAUGACAGACGAAGGUGUGACUGCUCUUGGCCUGGCGUUCUUGUUUUACAGCCGGGCGAUGCAACAACUUGCAGACCAAGCUGGUUCACAAGCCAAUCACCAUCUCAUUCGAUUCGACGCUCCCGAAAGUGAAAGUGAACUGCACUCAGAAGGUGAAACGCACGAUGGCAGCACUUUUCUACAUCAGGCCGAGGUGACAAUCCACCUAAAGGAUUUGGCCAUCGUAGAUGACGAGAAACAACGAGAAUUGGCAAAGCUAGCUCAAAUGCACAAACUCUAUGCUCAAAAAUCGCCCACAAAAGCUGCGACAGCCUUGAAGCCCAUCACCGAAAGUCAGUGGGUCAAGGACAGGGAACAGGCGGCUACAAUAGAACAACCAGAAAUGAAGUUACCCUCCUUCGAGCGUUUCACCGAAUGUCUCACGCGUUUGAACAAACAGUUGGAUUUGCGUGAAUCAGCGCGGCAGCGGGUACAAGAAAUGAAGGAUGCAGUUGUGCAGGAAGAAUCCCCUCAUUCUAAACACCCUUUAAUCGAUUGGCCUACCAAGGAAGCUUCUGCCGAAGCCAUCAGUGCUGUGGCAAGAGGACUGUCCAGGAACAGAUUUUUUCUGUCCAAACAGUCCCUUACGCCGUCAACCUUGAGCCGAGAGGGCACAAUGGAUACUCAGACGUCAUCCGAUUCGGUUGGCGAAUGCCAGUCUGCGGUGAAUCAGAAGGCUUUCCUGUUGGUGCAGAAAAAUCAGAUUGUACGCAUGAUCGGAUUGUUGUUGCAACGAGGGGCGGACCCAAACAUGGCCGCACAACCCAUUCCCUCAUUGUUCACGGCUGUUCGUUGGGCGGACAUUUCAAUGGUGAGACGCCUGCUACGUCAUGGCGCUCAGGUCAAUGCGUCUCUGGAAGUGGACAGAGAGAAAUGUGUCGAACAGUCUGUAUGUGAGUUUGGAUGUAUCCUGAUCAUGAGCCAGGUUCCUGAUUUCACCGAGGAAUCCGCGCAACCUCAGACUUCUCCCGUGCUGAGCCUGGAUGGACUGACUCCACUUCACUAUGCAGUACUUUUACCCGGCAAGAAAGGUGUCCGGAUGGUCCAAAUGCUGUUGGAGGCCGGGGCCAAUCCAGAUGCCCAAGCAGCUCCUGACCAAAGUUUUACGAUCCAGUCAUCAAACCACGAGUCAGAAAGCACGGUGCGAGUGCCCACUGAAGUUUCACCUUCGGAGGGUGGUCGAACUCCUCUACAGCUGGCCUGCGCAAGAGAAUACGGACAUGAGAAUGCCGCAGCAAUGGUUCAGGCCAUGAUGGAUCACGGUGCUAACCCAAAUCUGACUUGCAACGGGCACACGGCUCUAACGCUAGCAAUCGCCUCUGGAAAUGACUUUGCAAUUGAUAUUCUUCUGAGGUAUUCACGAACAAACGUCAAUUUGAAAUUGACUCACGGCUUAGGAAGCGCACUCGCCGUGGCUGCGACUCGAAUGUUUGAAUACCGUCGGGAUGGACAGACUCGGCUGAAAUUGUUGAAAAAGUUGGUAGAAGUCGGUGGUGCGUCCACAAUAAUGCGCUUUCCAAUGUCGUGGAUGUCAAGUUUGGGGAAUGUGGUUGAUGCGACCUACAACAAUUAUCAGGAGGAUCUUCGGCUCACCAAAGUCCCGUACCAUGCGUUGCAUGCCGUAGAAAAGGAGGUUUACACUUCCAGAGCAAAUAUUAUGGAGUAUCUAGCCGGCUGCCUACGUGAAAGCCUUCACGCAGCAGGGGAUCAUGCAAGAAGUGUGGAUCUCAAGAAGGGAGAGCGGCGCUCUCGAUCACCGGCCAAGGGAACUUGUCGACAUCAAGGUUUCAUUCAUGUGCGUGAAGACUCAAAACCGGCGGAUUCUACACCUACGGAACAAGAUGAUGAUUUCUACCCAUUUUGCUACGGAUGCGGUCGAUCUCUGGGAGUACGCCUUACCCCCUGUGCGAAAUGCAAACGUGUCUACUACUGUUCCAAGGCAUGCAGAAUGAAACGUACUCAGCCUCCUCCACGGAAAAAACGUCCAGUGUCUGUGAAGCAGAAGGUGAUACCGCCCGUUGAAAAUCGACCAAUGAGAAAACUGACACCAAAGGCCAAAACGGGCAAGCGCCAGGUGCUAGUGUGUCGGUCAGGUGGCGGAGAAUUCCUCAGUUUUUGGCAUCCAGCACGCGAGUUUCAAUUCAUAAUUAAUCGAUAUCUGAGGGAUAUAACCCACUACUUAAAACAUCAAAGUGCAAACCCGAAUAUUUUGCUCAUUGAACUUUCUACAAUUAGUAAAUACCCUAAACGUAGACAGCCCACUUCCAACGAUGAAGCUGAAUACCGUGGCCCCUACGCGCAGAGGACAUACGUAAGAUGUCAGUGUUUGACCUUCUGGGUCUCCGAACUAUGGGUCAGGUCUGGUGGGAACAUUGAAUUAGCUGUGCUGGUUAGGACAUGUGCUCCGCAUGUCGGAGACCCUCUCUCUCAGAGAGCUCAUUUUUCCGAGCCCUGUGCUGAGUGGAAGCGACUGAGAGAUGGGCAAUAUAUGACCCGGCAACGAAGUACAAAAACCCUAACCAGUAAACGUAGUCGAGAGGGCAACUGCUGCCUCCCUGGAUGGGGACCCCGAGGCUCAAAUUACCAGCGGUUAAUGACAUUGGCGGAAAUGGCCCAAUCGCGCAGUUAG